ACUUUCCAUUUGGACAAUCAAGACCCAAAGCAAGAGUGACAAGCUCACAAGUUUUCCCGGGCAGCGGCUCCAUCACGACAACUUCUCAACUGGAACCAACAAGCAAACCAACCCCGCCAAGCAACUAUGCCGUCUGAAGCGCAAACGGACCCGGUGUACUCCGAGGUCACCACCCCCAAGGGCAACGACGGCGUCCCCCUCUACGACGAAGCUGCGGAACGCAACAUUAAACCCAACUGGAUCCUCUAUUCCAGCAUCCUUGUGGCAUUACUGCAGCCCUUCCAGAGCGGUUGGUCGUCGUCCCAAACCAACCUGUCUCAAUACAGCGACACGGAUGAGUGCAAUGCACGUCCUGUGGCUCCAGACACAUGUCUAAUGUUUUCGGGCCACUCGAAGCUCGAGUGGACAUUCGCUGUGAACGCAUGGAUCUUCGGUGGCAUGAUCGGCUCUCUUUUCUGCGGCCACUUCAGUGAUCUGUGGGGCCGUAGGAAGCUGCUCUUCGUCAACUGCAUCUUCAUGAUCGCGGGUGCCGCGAUCCAGACGCCCGUGUCGAACGUGUGGGCUUUUGCCUUCGGUCGCAUGGUCGCUGGAAUUGCAUCGGGAACGGCCACGGGUACACUAGGUGCUUACACGAACGAGCUGUCUCCGCCUCACCUGCGUAACAUGCUGGGCAUGGGUCUGCAGAUUUCCGUGACCAUCGGUAUUCUAUUCCCGGCCAUUUGCUUCUUCUUCGCCAACACGAGCAGUGGUUGGCGCUAUCUGGCUGCGUUCCCUGCCGUCUUAGCCGUGCUCUUCCUCUUGUUGGCCCCGUCCUGUUGUGUCGAGAGUCCUGCGUGGUUGCUGAUGAAGGGCCGUCGCGAGGAAGCCAAGCAAGUGAUCACUCGCCUCUACGGUGAGGAGAACGUUUACCUCGCUCUCUCGUGGUUGGAGACGCCCUACAAGCCUGACCCAGAGCAAGCUCUCGUCGCUCAGGAGGAGUCUCUCUUCGCACCCAAGUACCGUCUCGCUCUCGCCACGGCCGUUCUGCUUUCAUGUACGCAACAGCUUUCCGGUAUCAACGCUGUCUUCUACUACUCCAACUCCAUCUUUGAAGACGCCGGCAUCUCGGACCCGCGAGUCGGCACACUCAUCAUCGACUUUGUCAACAUUUGGCCGGCCUUCUCCACGGGGUUCUUAGCCAAACGCUUUGGUAACCGGAAUCUCAUCCUCUGGGGCAUCGCCGGUAUGUUCGUCAUGGCCGUACUCAUGACAGUGGCCUUCCUCGUGGAUGUAGCGGCACUGUCCGUCGUGUUCAUGGCCUUCUACGUGAUCGCCUUCGGUGCCACGCUUGGGCCCCUCGUGUGGGUUAUCACGGCUGAUCUGUUCCCGGAUUCGGUGCGCGCUACAGCGACGUCCAUCGGUAUUGGCGUCAACUGGCUCUGCAACCUUAUCGUCGGUGUCUCCUACCCUUACAUCGCCGACGCUUUUGACGACUACAGCUACGUGCCGUUCGUGGUGCUGCUGGCCAUCUUCUACGUUUUGUCGCUCAAGCUCGUCCCUGAGACGUACGGCAAGUCGGCGGAGGAGGUGCAACGUGAGUUCCAGCGCAACCACCAAUAGCUUCACCACGGGACCGUCACGACAAGUCGAAAACAUGACGGUGUACUUUGACGAGUUCCGGGUGUUCGUUCCUUCAUCGUUGGCCCGAGAGACUCGGUAGCGUACGCAUUGCGUGCUGUGUCUUGACAUUUAUGAUAGGGAUUUACUUGAAGAGUAGUGUGUAGCGGAUUUUGUCUUUGAUACGCCAGGUUGUCGAUACGGAAUGGCUUUACAACGAUCUGCUUGUGCUUUGGCCUCAAGCGUUCAAUUAAGUUUGCUGCACUAUGUAACGUGGUCAUUUCGAUAGCUCAUGGCGACGCAGAACUCGUUGUUAGGAUUAUUGUAUGGAAAUUAAAGUGGUAAAGUGAUGUUUUGAC